UCUUUGUUGCGCAGAGGACAAGAAGCAAUCGUUGAAAUCUCUUUUGAAAGCUCCCCAACGUCUUCAGCUCUGCAGUGGUUUACUCCAGAGCAAACUUCUGGAAAGAAACAUCCAUUCCUCUUCAGCCAAUGUCAGGCUACGCACUGCAGAGCCAUCCUUCCCUGCCAAGACACUCCUGCUGUGAAACUAACCUACUAUGCAGAGGUAUCUGUUCCUAAAGAGUUGGUGGCUCUCAUGAGUGCUCAUCGUGUCGGAGAGACACCUGACCCUGAAGACAGCAGUCGCAAGAUAUACCGUUUCAGUCAAAAUGUUCCAAUACCUUGCUAUUUGAUUGCUUUAGUAGUUGGAGCUUUGGAAAGCAGAGAGAUUGGCCCACGGACUUUGGUAUGGGCUGAAAAGGAGCUAGUGGAUAAAUCAGCUUAUGAAUUUGCUGAGACUGAAGCUAUGCUGCAAACGGCAGAAGAUUUAGCGGGACCUUACAUAUGGGGCCAGUAUGAUCUGCUAGUCUUACCACCUUCUUUUCCUUAUGGUGGUAUGGAGAAUCCUUGCCUUACUUUUGUAACUCCAACACUCUUGGCAGGUGAUCGGUCUCUGUCAGGUGUUAUUGCUCAUGAAAUCUCUCACAGCUGGACAGGAAACUUGGUAACAAACAAAACAUGGGAGCAUUUCUGGCUAAAUGAGGGACACACUGUAUACUUGGAACGGAGGAUUGGUGGUCGGUUGUUUGGUGAGCAGUUAAGGCAAUUUCAAGCACUGGGAGGCUGGAGAGAACUGCAGAAUACGAUGAAUACACUCGGAGAAACAAAUCCUAUAACUAGCCUAGUCCCUAAUCUGAACGAAGUAGAUCUGGAUUCUGCCUAUUCCUCUGUUCCAUAUGAGAAAGGCUUUGCUUUGCUUUUUCACCUUGAACAACUUCUUGGAGGACCAGAUGUCUUCAUUGGCUUCCUGAAGACUUACAUUCAGCAGUUUGCUUAUAAGAGCAUAACAACUGAGGACUGGAAGAAGUUUUUGUACUCCUACUUCAAGGAUAAGGCAGAUGUUCUUGAUAAAGUUGAUUGGAACUCCUGGCUGCAUGCUCCAAAAAAAAAAGGAAUGCCCCCUGUGAAACCUACAUAUGAUAUGACACUAGCAAAUGCUUGUGUUGCCUUGAGCCAAAGAUGGAUCAAAGCAGAAGAGAGUGAUUUGUGCUCAUUCAGCUCAGCAGACCUGAAGGAAAUGUCAUCUCAUCAGCUGAUUGAGUUCCUGGGACUGUUGCUUCUGGAGGCACCACUUCCAGUGUCACAUGUGAAACAAAUGCAGGAGGUAUACAACUUCAAUGCUAUAACCAACUCUGAAAUAAGAUUCAGAUGGCUGCGCCUCUGCAUCCAGGCCAAGUGGCAAGAAGCCAUUCCUCUGGCCCUGAAAAUGGCUACAGAUCAAGGCAGAAUGAAGUUUACUCGACCCUUGUUCAGGGAUCUCUACAAUUUUGACAAGUCCCGAGAUCUGGCUGUCAAGGCGUUUCUGGAGAACAGAGCUUCUAUGCACCCAGUCACUUCAAUGCUGGUGGGCAAAGACUUGAAACAGGAUCAGUGACAAAUUUCUCUGAAAUAUUCUCAUUCACAGGGAGCAAAGAAAAGACUGAUC